AUGGGCCAGGCAAAGGGCGACUCUCCAGACGCGCCUGGGCCCGGCAUUUUCGGUUGGUUUAAAAACCUGGUGCGUGGGAAGGACAAACAACAGCCUGCGUCCGCAACGACGACCCCAACGACAACCCCUAGAACCACAUCCACCACUGCCACAACCGCUACGACAGCAACUGCUGCUGCAAGCCCCCGCGCCAACAGCCGCAAGCGGGUGGCCGCGGAGGAGGCUCUGCAGCUGACCCAGGCUCAAAGCCAACCAACAGCAGCAGCAGCAGCGGCUGCGGCUGCAGCGGUGGCCGAACCCCUAACGAAUGCGACCUCCAGGCAGGCCAGCCCGGCGGUUUCCCCACGGCCCUCACAGGUGCCGGCGCCGGCGCCAAGCUUGUUGCGAGCGCAGACGUGGAUUACUGAAGGGGCCCCGCCGUCGGUUACCUGCGGCAGCAGCAGUGGCGGUCGUCCGCACCUGGAUGCCGUGGAGGACUGCCGGGGCGAAGUGGGGAAUCUCAGCAUGAGCUGCUCCAUGCCGGGCUCGCCACGAUCACAGCAGCGGCAGGGGGGCCAACAUGUGCAGCAGCAGCAGCAACAGCAGCAGCAGCAGCCCGUUACCCGUCUUGCGAACCUCAUGUCAGCGCCCCUGGAUUUAGCUCAGCGGCAGCGUGCGUACGACAUCGAAUACGGCAAGGCGAGCACCAAGCCGUCAGGAGGCCACACAGCCGUGGAGGUUCUGGAUCCUCGCAUCGUACUGCAGAGCUUUAGCAAUGGACAGCGUGCAACCACAACUGACCCGCGGGUCGCUGCUGCGGAGGAUGCCGCGCCGCCGCAGCCGCGGCCUGCACCGAGGAGCAUGGGCGGCGGCUUCGGCGGCAGUCGCCCGCACCUGGUGUUUCCUUCUUUUUUCAGUGCUGACGAUGUAGCGUCGCCCGUGGCGUCGGCGGCAGUAGCUGCCAGCAGAUCUACCCCCGGGGUCACGUUGAGCAUGGGAGGCGACGGCAGCGGCUGCGGCGGCGCUGGGAGUACUGGCAGUGGCAGUAGCUGCAACAACGAUGGCAGCUGUAAUAGCGGUCGGCGUUCGUUUUCGCCGUCUCUUGGGCGCAACAACGAUGUACCGAUGAACCAUCCUAUGGCAGUCCCCAGCCGUUGCCGUCUUGGAGACGCAGCAGGAAAUGCUGGCGGCGGCGGCGGCGGCGGCCGAGGAGAGGUAGCGGGUCACGGUAUCAGUACUACGUAUGAUAUCUCCGGAGGCAGCAGGCCACCCAGAGCUGCUGGCGCUGCCACCACGACGGCGGAAGCAGUCAACAGCGGCCCGACCACUACCACCACCACCAGGACCAAGACCACAAGCGUAUCCUCCUCGUCCUCAUUGACAACCCACUCUUCAAAAACUAUCUUGCGCGGCGCUGACGGCAACGCAUGUACGGAGACGGUUCGUACGUCAUCCGUACAGGAACAAAGCAGUCGCAAAGCGUUGCGUGAGGUGGUGGUGGUGGAGGAGGAGAGUGAGGAGGAAGGCGAUGGCGCUAAGGGGACCCAGGAGGACGGGCAGCCGGCAGCAGUCGGUGGUAGUGGCGUCCGAAAGGCCACCGACACCGACAGUCCCGGCGCCCUCGACGAUAUGGACGGAGGCUGGCCAGGGCAUCCGCAACCCGGUGCUGGUGGUCGCGGUGGAGAUCGGGAGAGCCGCCGAAGGACCCUUGAGCAAAGGGAGGAAUCGCACAGCCAUCUCCAACAGCACCAGCGCACCGAAGAGACGUCCUUGCAGCGACGUGUUGUCGCAGCCGCCAGCGCUGACGACGCCGGCGGCGGCGGCUCCGGCGGCGGCCUAGAGACCAUCACUCAGACGACACGGCGAGAGGAUCAUCGGCAGGAAGAGCAAGAGGACUACAGUCGCGUGGUUAAGACGGCCUGUGAGCUGAAGCUCUCCGCGCCGCGUGGUGCGGCUGGCAACCCCGCCGACAUCAAGGCGAUGGCGUUGGCAAUGGCAGCGGCGGCGGCGGCGGGGACGCCGGCGAGAGACGCGUUGGUGGCGGCUGCUGAGGAGGAGUUGUACGGAGGGGCGGGAAACGACGGCUUUCCCAGGCUAGGUGCGCUUUCUGGCCGUGCGAGGGUUCCCAACUACUACACCACCACGCCUGCCGUCGCGGCAGCAGUUGGCGCCGGCGGCGGCGCUGAUGCAAAUGCGUCCCAUACGACGACGGCUCAACCACAUCGAGCGAUUGCGGCGGUUACGGGGGGUAGGUCGACACCGUCGCAAUCUUUCCGCACCCGCGACGGCAACUCGCUGAAGGAGGCUGACCUGGCCAGGAUGCAGUACGGCAAGACGUCGCGCCAGGGCCUCGGAUCGCGGGCAGAUAUCCUGGAACGCUUCCUUGGGGAUGCGGAUAGUGGCGGCGGCGGUGGCGCCUCGGCCGCUGCCGCUGCCGCCGGCUUGCACGUCGUCAUCGCGCCGCCACCGAUGACGCCGGGGGAACGAUCCAUCGCCUCCGCCUCCUCUGCGGCUGUCCCUGCGGCGCCCGUGUUUGAGGCCAACCUGGCGGCAGCGGCGGCGGAAGCGGAGGCGGCACGAUUUCAGACCGCCGCUGCAGCCGGAGGGAGUAGCUGCGGCGUUGGCGGUGGAGGCGAUGGCUGCAGCCCGCGGAUGGCGAGUCGAAACACCCGCCGCGGCGGCGGCGGCGGUAGUGAAGCUGGCAGCGGCGGCGGCGGCGGGGCCGGAGGAGGAGCCGGUGGCUACAGCCCUAGCUGGGGCCGCGGCACGUAUAGCCGCCCACAAACGUCAGCAUCGCAACUUCAGCAGCAGCAGCAUGAGGAUCAACAACAGCAACAGGCUGACAGCCGCACGCUGCCCACCAUCACCACCACAACGACAACAACAACUGCAACCCGUCAUCAUGAACAGCACCAACAAAGUUCAACGGUUACGAGUCAGCGGCGUCUGCACGGCAGUGGUACUGGCAGCGGCCGUGUUGUACAGGAACAGCAGCAGCAGAGCCGUACCACCAGCAGAAUGACCCUAACAGAGGCAUUCCAGCGCAGUUCGAAGGCAUACGCCCAAGAUCCCGAUCCCGAUCAACCUCUCCAUCACUUCCAAGAACAGCAGCAGGUGCAGGUGCAGAAGCAGGAGGAGGCGGAAGAGGAGGAGGAGGAGGAGCAGCAACAGGAACAGCCACUGCAGCAGCGGGAGAGGCAGCCAGCCAAGCCUUCACAGCCAGUGGCGGCCGGUCCGACUGCAGACCUCAGCCAUGCGGACUUGGAGGCAUGCGGCGGCGACGAGGACGAUAAGUGGGAUGGCAUCGGCGGCGGCGGCGGCACCGGUGGAAAAAGCCGUAACCGGCGGCGGCGUCGGGUUCGGAUCGCGUCUGCUUGGCGUAACGGCGGCGGUGGUGGCAGCGGCGGUGGUGGCGCGCUUACGGGCAGCAGCGGCGGCUAUCUUACCGACGGCGGUGACGGCGGCGGUGUCAGCAAGUCGUUGGAGUCGUACGUUGGGAUUAACUCCAGCAGCGGCGGCGGCUGUAGCAGCGGCAGUCGACCCAGGUCCAUCGUCGCCAGAUCAAGCAAGAGCACCACACGCGUCUCGCCGCAGCCACGCAUUAGCGGCAAUGGCUAUGCCUUUGGAGGCCUUGUGUUCGGCCUCAAUAGCGGCGACGGAUGGGACCAGGCGGACGCCGCUGGCAUGUACGGCAAGUACGACUCAAGCAGUCGUGCAUUAGCGGCGCAGGCGCAGCUGAUGCGCGGUGCGGCGGCGCGGCCACGUGGCAAUGCUGCGGCGGCAGCGGCGGUAGCGGCGGCGUUGAGCGUGAACACGUCAGCACUGAACCCGCUGAUGUGGCAGUCGGGCGCGUCGCCUUCGGGAGGAUUCGGCUCGGCGCCACUACCGCUCACUCCAACAGGCGCUUGUUUGCCUAGUCGUCGUCAUCAACAGCAAGCCAUAGCUAGCGGCCCGUACGAUACCUUCUUCAAGGCUGACUGCAGCGGCGAGCCUAACCGUGACGGCUGUACGGCCGCCGCCGGUGUCGGGGUCGAUGGGACGCCUUUGCAUUGUACGGAUGUCGCGCUUGGCCUGGGUUUCGGGGAUGGUUUCGGAGCGGGUGGCGCCGGCGGCGCCGGCAGGAGCUUCUAUCACCGUGCGAACAUGGGUCUGUCGUCCGGCUUGGCGGAUUUGGCGGCGGGCCUGGCGGGAAUGGGUGGCGGCGGCGCUGCCGCCGCCGCACGGCGCCUCCGAGACUCAGGCUUUUAG